ACAGAUGCAAAGUUCAGUGCUACGACUGCCCCGUCUGCCCAGACCCUGUGAAAGCUCCUAGAGAGGAGGUUGCCUACGUGACGUGUACCUACAGGAACACAUGCAUCGACCAACCUGACUUCCUGGCCACCAUUGAUCUCAACCCUAAAUCUCCCUGUUAUGGCCAGGUGAUCCACCGCCUGCCCAUGCCCAACCUCAAAGACGAGCUGCAUGCCUCAGGGUGGAGCACUAUCUGCACCUGCCAUGACAAUUUCACAGCGAAAAGGAACAAGCUGAUCCUUCCCUGUUUGAUUUCUUCCCGCAUUUACGUGGUGGAUGUGGGUACACAGUGCCGGGCUCCCAGGCUGUGUAAGACGAUUGAGCCAGGUGAUGUGUUCUGGACGUGCAACAAGGGAUACCACAAGGUGCCCCGCAGCCUGCCUAACGGUGAUGUUCUGAUUGCCAACAUGGGAGAUCCCGCUGGCAACGGGAAAGGUGGGUUUAUUGUGCUGGAUUGUGAGACCUUUGAGCUGAAGGGGAACUGGGAAAACGAGUGUGAGGCCCCCCCCACUGGAUACGACUUCUGGUACCAGCCACGCCACAAUGUUCUCGUCA